AACUUAUUAAAUAGAUUGGUGCUAAUAGUAUUUCUGUCCAAGCAUGAUGUUUAGAACGGCUCUGCAGAAGAGAUCUUCCCCGCCCAGUACAAAGAACCAACCAACUAAAGAAGAUUCCUCACAUCUUAACACUAAAGACAAUAUCAUCAACAACAACCAUCUCUCUUCUCAAUCCGAUUCAUCGGAAGACAGGUGUAAAAAGGCGGCAUCAGGAGACACCCAGUUGAGAAGUCAGAGUAAUGAAGUCCGAAAUGCAUCUAAGAGGAAAUUCGAACAAGAGGACAGAAACUGCAUCAAGAGUCCAGGCCGAUUGGCGAGGAAGAGGAUCCGAGAUGCAAAGCACCGAGCUAGAUCAGAGCUUGUCACCGGAGAUCUAUUCAGUGCAGAGCGCUAUUACUGCACCAUGGAUUUGGAAAAAUUUAGGACAAACUUCACAAACAGCCUUGACAAAUUGCCCCUGGAAAUAUCGAAGGAAAUGCUGCAGGCGAGACCUUAUGUAAUUGACAGGAUAGACGGAAGAACGCUUACUGAGUUGGAGUUUUUUGAGAGAUUUGAGAAACCAAAGAUACCUGCAAUAUUUACACACCUAAUAGAUGACUGGCCAGCUUAUCAGGCAAACGCCAAAUGGUCCAGUCUUGCCUGGUUAGAUCGGAAGUUCAGAAACCAGAAGUUCAAAUGUGGAGAAGAUGACAGCGGCUGUUCUGUCAAGAUCAAAAUGAAGUACUACCUCCAAUACAUGACAUCUACUGUCGAUGAUUCUCCUCUGUACGUGUUUGAUUCGAACUAUGGAGAACACCCGAAGCGGAAGAAGCUGUUGAAUGACUACAAAGUGCCCCAUUUGUUCCAAGAAGAUCUGUUCCAACACGCAGGGGAGGGAAAGCGACCGCCCUAUAGGUGGAUUGUGAUGGGUCCUCCGAGGUCUGGCACUGGGAUCCACAUUGACCCUCUGGCCACCUCUGCCUGGAACUCUUUGAUCAGAGGCGCUAAGCGGUGGUGUCUGCUACCCAACGAAGUGCCCAAACAUCUCAUCAAACCUCAAGCUAGUGACAACUGUAGCAAGCAAAAGGACGAGGCAGUCACCUGGUUCCGCUACGUACAUCCCAGAGUAACCAGUGCUGCCUGGCCAGCCAAAUGGAGACCCAUAGAGUUCAUUCAACUCCCUGGCGAAACAGUAUUCGUCCCAGGAGGUUGGUGGCACGUGGUAUUGAACCUUGACAUAUCAGUUGCGAUGACUCAGAACUACUGCAACACCGGUAACUUCAAACACGUCUGGCUCAAGACCGCCAAGGGGAGACCCAGAUUCUGCCACAAGUGGUACCGGACACUGAAAAAACUAGGUCGUGAAGACUUAAUUGCGAUGGCCCACGAAGUGAGUCGCAAUAAUCCAGAACACUUCCCAAAUCUGGCAGCCAACCUGUCUAGUUCAGACUCUUCCAGUGAUACGAGCUCGGCCUCCAGCGACAGUUCGGCGUCUGUGGAAGAGGUAGUCGAGCCUCAGAAAGCCAAAGUGAUGCCCAUUUCAGCAUCAACUUCGUCGUCUUCGUCAUCUUCGUCUUCAGCACAAGAGGUUGCAGUCACAGCCAAAGACGAAUUCUCAUCGUCCAGUCUUUGCAUCGAAGAGACAACAGGCUCAACUGAGGUUACUCUAGGUGGAACCAAUGUCAAACAAAUGGCUGCUUCUGCUGCGCCUCAACAGGAGGUGUUGUCGAAUUCAUGUCGCAAUGGGGGCGAAGGGGGUGUAAUGGGGAGGGGCGAGGAGUCGCUAGUUGAUGAUGCUGAUUUGAGUCCGGACACUUCGGACGAUGACAGUGGCAUGGAGGAACAGGACAAGAAGAGGAGAAAAGUUGCAGCUAACUCAUAAAAGGCAAUCGUCUUCUCCCGGGGUCCAAUCGCUGACAAUCUAAUAUCAAGAAUGUUUCCAAAGGAAACCUCAAACCGCUUUCUGCUAACAAUGAACUCAUUAAAAAAGGCUUUUUAGCUCCACGUUUUUGUUGCUCUGACCGAGCAUAAUGGAUAUACCUAUGUAUUUACGUUAAUUUAAUUUCUCAGUUUUG